UGAAACUUCUAGAGCAAGCUGAGUAGGAGGAGGAAUGUUUUCCCUCCAAAAACACCAUUGUUAUUUGUUCUCCCCUCAAAACCCUCUCUACUGACUACGGCUUCUCCUCUCCAUUAUGCAAUCUCUCUCCUCAUGUCUGAUUUUCAAGCCCUGAAGUGCGAAACCGUCUUCCGACCUUAAAUUCAAUGGCUAAUUCUUCUCAUCUUCAGAUUUUUGGAAACAAACUUGAGAAUGUAAAGGCAGUUGAUACUGAGCCUAUGGAUUACAAUAUGAAGCUUGCUGAUCCUUUAUUGGAGAUACAAGUGGGUGGAGUUCUCAAUGACACUGAAGAACUUUACAGUCCGCGUUCUAUUGGAGAUUCUCAGACAGGAUAUGAUACUGAAGUUGUUCCUGACAGUGAAGAUGAGAUGACCGACCCUGUUGAUAGCAAACAAUUGGUGCAUGGGCGUGUGUUGUUUAUUCAGAGAUUUGCUCGGGGUUUGGAUAAGGUGGAGUCUCCCUUUCCCCCUCUGCUUGAGAAACUGGAAUGCUCGGAUAUCAAUGCUGAUGUUUGUGAUGAUGGGGUACAUGUUUCAGGUCAGACCUCAAAUAUAAAUGUUUUCCAGGGAAAUGAUGGUUGUUCUGGCACUGUUCAUCAUGGCAUGCUAGGUACAGAUCUUAAUGCCAAUUAUGAGGAGGUAUCUAAAGUUAAUGAUACUUGCUUAGACAAUGCAGUUUCUUGUGAUAUAAAUUGUAAUGAUGAUGGUAAGAAGCUGAGUGAAGAAAAUAAAGAUGAUAAAUGUGGCAAGAUAAGUCAAUCUAACCGGAAGGAUGUUAGAAUUGUUUAUACACGUAAGAGAAAAAGAACUUGUAAUGUUGGGGCGAAUGGCAAGGAAGAUGAAAAAAGGUCACCUGAUAGGACUGAUGACGAGUAUGCAGGGUUAAGUUAUGUUGAAUCCCAAGAACCUGAAGAUGUCUCCAAAGCACUUCUUUUUGUUGAUAAAUAUGUUGGUUCUAAUGUUAUGUAUUCCUCACCAGUAGCUAAUAUCACAGUAAAGGAUAAAUCACUGUCUGCACGGAGUGUAAAAGGGGGUAGCAGUCUGAUUAGGUGGGCGGCCCUUAAAAACAGAGAAGAGGGAAAAAGAAUAUUUGAAUGGGAUGACAGACUGGAUGGUAAUGGACACUCUGAUCCUUCAGACAGUAGCGGUCAGUUGUCCUUUAGGAGCAAGAAAUACGAUCAGAAAUAUAUGCGAAGGUCAGAAAGUGUGAGGCGUAUGAUACCUAAGGACAUUGGAGAUCCAAUUUUCUCGCGGAAGGAAAAGGCUGAAGGGAAAAAUGAUUUAACUCAGACAAAGUCUACAGAGGUAGUUUAUAACCAUAUAAAUGCUGGAAUGACUGAGAAAACUCAUGAGAUGGAAGCCAACGAGGUCUCCAAAAUGCUGGAUCAACAGGUUAGUGAAGAGUUCAAGGUGAUGCAGUUAGAAGCUGGUGCAGUUCAUGAAGAGUUAGGAUAUGCAUUUGAUGUUGGAAUAGACACACAGAUGGCAGCUGAAGCUAUACAGGCUCUGUCAUAUGCUGUUCCCACGGGCUGCAUUGAGGUGGAUGCUGAUAAAUUUCAACAUAAGAUGCUUGAUAGGCCAUUAGAAAGUCGUCAGAAGAGGACCCUUGCAGGCGAUUGGUCUUUUCCUAAGAAAGUUCGUUCAGCAUCUAGAGGUGUUGUGAGCCGGCCUGAAGAAAGUAGGAGAUUGUCUUGCUCUAACAACCGUAAUUCCGAAAUUCAAGCAUUUAAACUGAGAGAAAAAAGAAACAGCAGAAAUUCAGGGAAUGAUAAAUGUGUGGAUAGAAGGAUCUCUGACAUUUCUCCCAAGGCUGACGUUACGCAUAAGAGAAAGGUAGAAGGAGCUAAGGAAGUCAAAUUAGAUGGUUCUAAGGAAAAUUUAAGGUCAUCUGUAUCAACCAAACAAGCUUCCACUCAUAGGGUAAAGUGUAGAAGGAAGGACAGUGGUUCUUAUCCAGAUGCAAAAACAGAUGUGAAAAUUGAUCUCUAUGAUAAAAGAAAAAGGAGGGUCAAUGACAAGUCAGAGAUUUCAGAUAAAAAGAAAAACACUCCAAAUCCUCUCUAUGAAAAAUGUAUGAAUGCUAAAGAUAUGAAGGCGAGUGAAGUGGUAGAUGACUCUGCAAAUAAUUCAUCUGUUGAUCGGAGAAAUCACCAAAUGGAAAUUGCUCUCUUUGAUAGAGAUAACAAGGGAGGUGCCAAAGUGUUGAGUGUUUCAGAUCCUGUGCAGAAUCUUCCUAAGCUGCCUUGCACCAAGUUUAAUGAUGCUAGGAGCACAAGUACUGGUCAAACAAAAGCCCAAUAUGCCCCCGCAAGGUCUACAAACUGGUAUUCUAGGGACUAUCCGAGGGGUAAACGGACAUGUAAAAGCAUGCUUAGGACUUCUGGUGGUUUUCGUGACUUCAAUCAUUCAUUUGUGAGAGUUAGUGGGGAAGAAAACGGAUGUCAUCAUUUGAAAGGCCGGUUGGACUUGAAAGGCUGCUGCACUCCAUCUUAUACUGGUUCCAGCAUAAAGAAGAAACGCCGAUCAUCAGCAUAUAUCAGCCCUUGCCGGUUGCUUUCUCAGAAGAAUUCUGAACAAAACUUGGUAAGGCACAAUGCAGAUGAAAUGAUGGAGAGUGGCGUCGUUUCUGAACACCUGAUUGAGAGUACCAUUACUUUGCAACAUGACAAGUUAGAUGAUAAUAUUGAUUCUGCAUCCACCGUGGCUGAUAAGAAAAGAAAAGACGUGCCCACAAUACUGUGUGACAAAAAUCUUAUCUCAGAAGACACUGCAUCUCCUAGCAAUUUGAUUGAUGAUUGCCUUCGACAUGGAAAGAAAAAGGCAUCACCAUCUCUUACAAGAGAACUAGUCAGAUUAGGUUUCAGAGAGUCAAUACCAGAAUUCACUUCAAAGGACUCUCGAAGGCGAAAAACAAUGGCCGAAAUACAAGUUUUGUUGAGCAAAAGUUUAGAUGAACGUACAUUAUUGCAGCAAAAAAAGAUUUCAACGCGGUUUGGUGUUUCCAUGGCCUCUUCUCCUUCGACUGCAACUCAUUUCGUAGCAGAUAAAUUUUCCCGGACAAGAAAUAUGUUGGAGUUUAUCGCCCAAGGUAAACCUGUGGUAUCCCAUAUGUGGCUUGAGAGCUGCCAGCAAGCUGGCUUUUACAUUGACGAGACUAAUUACAUUCUGAGGGAUAUCAAAAGAGAACGAGAACUUGGUUUCCGGCUACCCUUUUCACUAGACCGGGCAAGGAAACACCCUCUUUUAAAGGGCUACAGGGUCAUCAUUACCCCAAACACAAAACCUGGACAAGAAAUGAUGACUAGCUUGGUUGAGGCUGUGCAUGGCCAGGUCGUGGAUAUGCCCGCAGAUCAUAUAAGGACAGAGAAAACGGAUCUGAAGAAUCUGCUAAUAUUCUCUUGUGAAGAAGAUCAAGCAUAUUGUCUUCCUUUUCUUAAAAGAGGUGCAUCAGCUUAUAGCUCAGAAUUGCUACUGAAUGGAAUUGUUAUUCAGAAACUUGAAUUUGACAGGCAUCGACUUUUCAAGUAAUUGGAUACUAUCAAGUAGCUAAAACUACGGUCGCUAGACGGUAAUGUAAAUACUUCUUUUGAGGGUAGGGAGGAAUCCCACUUGUCCUCCUAUCUCAAGAAGAAUAGGAUGCUGGUAUGAGGACUCGAUCCUGGGACUAAUCCUUGAAAGCCAGAAGGUAUUGCGGUAGUUCCACUGCACUACGCCUUCUGCAUUUUGUAGAUAUCUAUUUUGGAGUUCAGUUUUGUGUCCCAUUUAUUUCUCCAUUUUGAUGGUCAGUGAUUUAGUUUUUCUUACCUUUAGGGAAAUUAGUAUCACAAUCUGACUCUUUAAACAAUGUAAUUAAGCAGCAAGUACAUAUCUGUAUGUGACAUGAUUUAACCCAUUUCCGGUUACGUUCGUGCAUUUAUCAGUAGGCAAUAUGAAGAGUUGAUGACCGUAA